AUGAAACAAGCAUUGGUUGAGGGUGCUGCAAAGCUUUAUGGGCCUAACAUGUUAGAAUCAUAUGAGAUUCUUAAGAGCUACAAACCUAGGGCAAACAUAUUUCCUAGUGUUCUUGAUUAUACAGAUUGUCCUUACUCAUGGCCCUUCUGUCGUCAACCACUCUAUGCAGGUGCCAUGCCUAUCAUCUUCAAUGCCACCAUUUUGAAUGGAAUGGGUGUUGAUUUUGUCAAGAGCUUUUUUCAUCAGAAUAUUGGUGGAGAAGAUGUCAAGUGGAGAAAAGGUUUGAAGUUGAGCGAUGAAACUGUUGUUGAAAAAAUAAAUUUGUUUUUUUCUAUUAACAUUGUUAUGGGGAAUGUGAGCCUACAAUACAUUCCAAUUUCUUUUAUGCAAACAAUAAAGUCAUUCACACCUACCACCAUAGUUGUUUUGCAAUGGCUAGUGUGGAGGAAGUAUUUUGAUUGGCGUAUAUGGGCUUCUCUUAUACCCAUUGUUGGAGGGAUUAUUCUCACAUCUGUAACAGAGCUUAGUUUUAAUAUGUUUGGAUUUUGUGCUGCCUUAUUUGGCUGUUUGGCUACAUCUAGUUAUUUCCAUGUUUUACACAGGAUAACUUUUCUUUUCAUGUAUCUCAGCAUAAACACAGUUUAUUUCAUGGCACCUUUUGCAACCAUGAUCUUGGCGCUCCCUGCCAUGUUACUUGAAGGAAAAGGAAUCCUUGAAUGGUUAAAUACUCAUCCAUAUCCUUCGUCGGCUCUUGUCAUUAUUUUUAGCUUCGGGGUGUUGGCUUUCUGUCUUAACUUCUCCAUUUUUUAUGUGAUUCACUGCACCACUACUGUAACAUUUAGUGUGUGUCGGAAAUCUGAAGGUAAGAACUACCCACGUAAUGCUUCAACCAUCAUGAAGGGCAAUUGGUUUAGUUAA